AUGUCUGGGCUGAUACUGAAUGAUGUUAGUGAGAGGAGCGUUUUCGCAUUAUUACACUGUUUGGUGGAUGCAGGAGUUGCACCAGUUUGGUGCCAAGUGACACCACGACUGGUACAAGUGUCAAGUUCACAUCUUGCUGUGCAUCUUUCGCUUUUUGUUUCAUUUCCUGAGUUCCGUGUGAAUUUAUCAAGCAUGAACAACUUUUAUGAUAGGAAAGAUAGGACAUUAUUCGUGUCGAUGAUCCACAAAUCCAUCACGGAUGACGACCUUUACGCACUAUUGAGUCGUGCUGGUCCUAUAGAGAAAGUCAUUUUCAAAGAAAAUCAGGAUGGCACUCCAUUGCACGCUCUCGUCAUCUUCAGAAAUGUCGAAUCUGUUGUCUUUUCAAUGAUCCAUAUCCUUCCAAUGGUUCGGUCAUCAAAACUGAUCGAGUUGCGCCCAUUACGGUAA